AUGACGCGAGAUAUUCGCGCCAAAGCACUUGAGCGCAUAGCAGCACUCUCGGCGGCGAGCUCCACCACGUCCUUCGACAAGUCCGAUCUCGACAAGCUAUGCCGUGCCUGUCACUCAGCACGAGGCCGAGAAUAUAACCAUGGGGGAUACAGCACUAAGCAAGCUGGCUCCUUGGGUCGUAUUCCAAUGUCAAUUCGCGAAUUCGAGGUUCUCCUGGCUUUAUGCAAAACUGCACCCAGCAUUCAAUCUGGCCAGAGCGCUCAAAAACUUUCGUACCGAUUGAUCCCCUAUAUUCUCGAAGCGCAUACGCAAGUCUUUGCGUCGUCGCCUUUUUUCCGCAAAGUCGAGCCGUCACCGACCGAGUCCCUGGCCUUUCAUCUUACUGCGGCGCUUCUUUCUCUGGGCACCAAUUAUAUCGACCUAAAGGAGACCGUUGCCGAUGGAAUAUGGGCGUUUACCAAUGCUUGUGGAAGAGCGACUGAAAGUGUACUCUCACCACAAUCUGGAGACCCAGGAAGCCUUCCUGUCGACGAUGCAAUUCGUACCGUAACCAUUGCCCUGGCCCUCCUAGGUUUCCUGGACGCCGCUUGCGCCCAGGCUGACUUUUGGAAAUCCGGGGGCAGGCUGGGACUCAUCCAAAAGAUCAACCAGCUCUUGUCAGAACCAUUUCUAGUUGCAGUGGAGACAUCUUUAUCGACCAUUCGAAACUCUCAUAGUCAGACCCACGAGGUUCGAGAAUGGAAACGAUUGCUUCGCCAUUAUGCAUCCCAGGGACGGCCGCUUGGUGCCUUGAUCAUCCAACGUAGCUUUAUGUGGCUUGUACUCUCCAGCACAUCGUUAAUGGUUGCAGAUGGACCCGCCCUUCGCAGGCAGCACGUUCUUGAUCUGCUUAUGUCUGAAGAUAGAUCUGCCUUGAAUGAACAACGAGGGCUCCUAGACGGAGAUUUGAGAUCGAUCGAGGUGUAUGCUGGAAUUGCUACCGAACAAAUGGAUUACCUUGAUGCUGGUGCUGAUUUUGUUCUCCUGGGCUCACCGGAUCAACAGAAAUUGGCAUAUGAUGUCAAGGCUGCUGCCAUGAUUGCCCACUUGAACUGCUCAAUCCUCAAUGAAGAUGCUGCCGAUUCCGAUGUACUCAUGGGUUGGCUGCAAGAGACGCUGGAAGAUACCUUGCAAAUGUCUGACCCUGGCCUCGCUGCCGUUGUUCUGCGAUGCAUGGCCCUCAUUUGCCGAAUUUCACCAUCGUAUUCGUCAUCUGUCAGCCGUGCCCUUCCUCGCUUCUUGGUCCAGACGACACCACAUAGCGACUCUAUCAAAGUUGCCUCCGAGAGUUUGGCCUUUGUCCUAAAGUUGCUAUCAAAGGACGCCAUCAUCAGUACUCUUUACACCCUCGGAAAUGUCUUGAGCCCGGAUGCUGAAGCAGAAAUUGUCAACGGUCUCGCUAAUGGCAUGGCCGGGGCCGAUGAAGGCUCAGCUCCCGGAGGCUAUAGCCGCCGUCAUUCCACUGGUAGUUCAAUAUCACUUCUAAUGAAUGGCGAGCAAGAGACUGCUAUUGUCUAUGGCAAUGUGGUGAAAGCCAUUUGCACCAUUGCCACCGAGUCUGGCGACGAGAAGAUCAUUGCCUUGGCACAGUCAAUGCUCCUUCAAAAGCUUGACAAGGUCAGCGCCAGUGUUGAUACCAAGGUGAUCUCUGGCGCAGCCAAGCUCUCUCUCCAAGGUGGACAGCUAGAGUUUCGCUCAUUGCUCAAAACGUAUAGCAGAAUUUGUCACAUUGGCGUUGUGGACCACAAAGACUUUCUCUUGACCGCUGUCAUGAAGGCUCGUACAUACAUUUCCGCCAAUUUGCGUCGUGACUCUUCCCUUUUCAACAUUUACUGGGAACAUCUGCUUGACGCCAUCAUCUCACUGGGUGAUGCUGAAUCUCCACACCACACAAAGGAGUCAGACGUGCAGCUGGCUGCACAAGAGAUUGCCGAGCUUUUGCAUCCCUUGGCAGUGUUCAUGUCUAGCAAUGAUGUUGCAUCGAACCCCGUUGAUGACGAUGAGACGUAUCUGCUACUCAAGGAUGCGUGGUUCAACAUUGUUGUUCACGGCUUCACCACAACCACAGAUCGUGGCAGGAAGUACAUUAAUGAGCUUCGUACCAUUGCUGUUCAUUCGCCCCCCUUGGUAGCUGGGGAACGAAUGGAAGUCGUUGAGAGUGACAUCGAACUCAACACGGUGCUCAGACGUGCAAACAGUGGGGAGCGAGAAGCCGCACAAAAGAAAUUCCUGAUUGAGUUGAUUCCAUCCAAGGUAUCCGACAUCAAGAGCCUCAGCUAUCGCAAAGUAAUAUUCCUACAGGCCGCCUACCUUGUCGAGAGUCUACGAGCAGAUACGGGUGACUGCACAAAGGUCUUGUCUUACUUUUUAGAACCCAGCAUGCGCAAGGGCGAAGUAAGCAGCACAAUGGAAGGCAUCGCUGCUGCAGUUGUCGAAAAGUAUCUCAAGAAGACGCUGGCUGGUUCGGAGCCCACGUUUUCAGCACAGUAUGCAGCAACACAGCUGGCAAAUAUUUUCUGCAUUUGUUGUCAUCGCAUUGAGCGUGUACAGCAAGCUGCAUUUACAUGUGCAGACCGCAUCAUUCGGGAUGUUCCAUCUGCUCUGUGCCAGAGAAAGUCACUCUUUGCUCUUCUUGAAUUGCUGUCGCUCAUGUGGUCGAGUUGCCUCGAGGCCGAAACUGAUCUUUACGCACCCGAAUCCACCUUCAAGUCGGACAUCGGGAAAGUGACUGUGGAAUUGUCCGACGACUAUGAUUUCCGCCGUUGGACCCUCGAUCAUCUACACCGUAAAGCCAAAGUCUGGGUUACCGCGGCUAUUAACCUCGCCCCCAUGGAUGUCAAGGGCUUAUUACAGACGUACCUUUCUGAAUUUGAUAACGAGGGUGCCUAUGGCAACAUUUCUCUGGGCAGGUCGUUUGCACUAGAGCUGGGCGCCAUCAUCCCAUUGUCUGACAACCGGCUUCAGUCUCUGGAAAAAGUUGGUACUUGUGAGAUCAACACGGGUUCGGAUCUCAUUGCUCAGUAUACGACGAGACAAGAGUAUCGAUAUGGCGAGACGUUACCAGAUCAUGGAAAUGAGCUGAUUAGCUUCAUGAGUGUCAAUCGACGAUUGUCCUUUUCUCAGUCACAUGUGACCGAGAGCGCCAACGCCGCAACUGCCCUGGCUCAUGUUGAGGCCCGCAUUUUGAGCAAAAAGGCAACGCCUUUGAACGAAGUCCGCGACAUCUUGAGACGAGCUGCGGCCUUGCUCUGUCGAAGCUACCGGGAUGAGUCGGCAGUUACGAGAUAUCUCGUUAGUAUACCCUUCGCAUUGUUUACCAAGCAGUCUAUCAAGGUUGGUGUUUCACUGUGGCUCGGUGUAAUGAAUGAGAAUCCGCGACUGGAGCCAAAACUUUUGAACUGCAUUGCCCAGCAGUGGGAGUUUACUAUUUCUCAAAAAGUUGGACUUUUUAGCUCGGCAUUGGCACAUCCCGAUCCGUUUUUCCUGAAGGAAGAGUUUGCUCCGAGCGACCUUGAGCUCAUGGCCAAGAAGCGACAGGCAGUCCAUGACCUGCUGUCGCCGCACACUCGGCUUGUGCAAUUCUUCACCAGUCACUUCAACGCUACUCUCCUGGGGAGCUGUGACAUACAAAAAGUGUUCUUGCGCAUGCUAGACCUCACGUUGACUGCUCUGAAAGAAGCUCCUUCGCACCCCAUGGCUCGAGAACUGCGGUUUCAGCUAGUAUUACUUGGCCUCAAGGUCCUUCGCUCCUCCAGCACGUCAAUUGGGGAAAUGGCACAGUUCAGGUUCAGGAAUAAGAUUUUGUCCGCAGGUCUUGGUUGGUUCAGAAACGCCCCCAAGUGGUCUUUUGGCAGUAACCUGCUUCAGUUGAAGACUGAAGUUCGAUUGAUUGCUGAUGUCUUGGCGGCCAUGAAGGCGAUUUCUGUUACUGGAGCCUCUGCCGUUGGCAAUGCCAAGUCUCUGCACGCCAAGGAACAGCUGCUUCAAUUGCUGCUGGAAAAUGAGCAGUCAAGGCUUGCGGUCUGGAUCAACCCUCUCAGCCAACAAGGACUGCAAUUGUCCGCAAACAAUACGUCAAAGUCGUCCAUUGAGAAUGCACUGAUUCCUCUGGUUAAAACAGCCUGGCAGCAGGACCCCUCCAUUGCUAUUGAGCUUGCCACGAGGUUCAACUUUCCUCGCCUUCACAGGGAUGUUAGACAUUUGCUCUUGUCCGCGCCCGAGAAGGCAAUCUCUGACCCAGAAGCUUUACCGUUGAUAUUUGGAGGACAUUUACCUGAUGAUGUAAAUUCACAGCUCAAAUACCUCCUCGUUUGGGAGCCUGUCAACCCCCUGACAGCCGUCACCAUGUUCUUGCCAGCCUACAAGAACCAUCCGUUCAUUAUCCAGUAUGCCAUGCGGGCGCUAGAGAGUCAUUCUGUAGACAUCACCUUCUUCUACGUUCCCCAAAUUGUGCAGACGCUCAGGUAUGAUGCUUUGGGCUACGUCGAGCGUUACAUCUUGGAAACUGCACAGUUCUCUCAGUUGUUUGCACAUCAAAUUAUUUGGAAUAUGAAGGCAAACUCGUAUAAGGAUGAUGACGCUCAGGUACCGGAUGAGAUCAAGCCCGCUCUUGAUGGCGUCAGGAGUAAGAUGGUAGAAAGUUUUGCUCCCCUGGACAGAGACUUUUACGAACGAGAAUUUGCCUUUUUUGACGAAGUUACUGGCAUUUCUGGCAAGCUUAAACCCCUCAUUAAGAGACCCAAGCCCGAGAAGAAACAAAAAAUUGAGGAGGAACUCCGCAAGAUCAAGGUCGAGGUCGGCGUCUAUCUGCCCAGCAACCCCGAUGGUGUUGUUAUUGGCAUCGACCGCAAGUCUGGCAAACCCCUUCAGAGUCACGCGAAAGCGCCUUACAUGGCCACAUUCCGUAUUCGCAAGAACAAGAGUGGCGGAGAUGAGGUCAACGGUGCGGACCUUGAACAAACACAGGAGGACAAGGGGCAAGAGCAACAUCAAUUCCAGGACCGCACUAUUGAGGUGUGGCAGUCGGCUAUUUUCAAGGUUGGUGACGACUGCAGGCAGGACGUUUUAGCUCUGCAGAUGAUUUCCGCUUUCCGUGGCAUCUUCCACAGCGUGGGCCUGGAUGUCUACGUCUUCCCAUACCGCGUCACUGCCACGGCUCCUGGAUGCGGUGUCAUUGACGUGCUACCCAACUCCAUCUCCCGUGAUAUGCUUGGCCGAGAAGCCGUCAACGGUCUCUACGACUACUUCAUCUCCAAGUACGGCAACGAAGACUCCCUCCGCUUCCAACGGGCCCGCAGCAACUUUGUCAAAUCCAUGGCUGCCUAUUCUGUCAUUUCGUUCCUGCUCCAAUUCAAGGACCGCCACAACGGAAACAUUAUGAUUGACGAUGCCGGCCACAUCCUGCAUAUUGAUUUUGGCUUCUGCUUCGAUAUCGCGCCUGGAGGGAUCAAGUUCGAGCGCGCACCGUUCAAGUUGACCAGCGAAAUGGUGGCUGUCAUGGGCGGGUCAACCGACCACCAAAGCUUCAAGUGGUUCGAGGAGCUGUGCGUCAAGUCCUUCCUCGCUAGCAGACAGUAUUGCGAGAAACUUAGCCAGAUCGUGCUGCUCAUGAUGGACAGCGGCCUGCCAUGUUUCAAGCCGGAGAGUGUCAAGCACUUCAAGGAACGAUUUGUGCUGGAGAAGUCGGAGAGGGAGGCGGCCAAUUUCAUGAAGGGCUUGAUCAAGACGAGUUAUUCCAGUUAUAGUACUGGCGUCUAUGACCAGUUCCAGUUGCUUACGAACGGUAUCCCUUACUAA